AUGAAAUGAAAUGAAAAGAAAAGAAGCAAACGAGGGCGGAGGCGGCUUUUCUGCCUCCAUGUGGGUUCGUGGGGCUUCCUCCCGAAGCAGAUGUUGUCCUUGUUCCCAUCGAUCGCCAUGGUUUCCUCCUACUCCUCAUCGACGUUGGAAGAGCCCCGGAUCUGCGAUCCCUCGGCGAUGGAGGCGGCGGCCCGGGUUUCGGGGACGGUGGCGGUGGCCGCAUGUGCGGCCAUGGCGUUCUUCUACGUCGCGAUCCUCUACUCCCCGACCCUGAUCCUUCGCCUCCCUCCACCGGCAUCGCUCGAUAGCUUCAUGAUCCGGCGGUUCGCCUGCGCGGCUGUCUCCUCCGCCGCCUCUGUGCUUGCCUGCGGCCUCCUCCUCGGACUCGGGAAACUCGACGAUUUGCCAUCUAUCCUCGGUGUUCUAGGUAUCAGGAGAGAUCACUUGUGGCAAGCUGUGGCCUUUCCUCUGCUACUGACAUCCUUCCUGUAUGCCGGGUCAUUCGUGUCGAGGUCAUGGAAGCUGAUUAGUGCAUCAAUAGAAAGGAGCGAAAAUUCUUACGGGGAAGAUGGAAUCUGUGGACAAGGGUGUACAGAUUGGGUGUGUGCAUAUGCCCGGGAUGUGAUGGCUUGGCGUAAUUAUGUGGUGGCACCAUUUACUGAAGAGCUUGUUUUCAGGGCCUGUAUGAUACCACUGCUCCUUUGUGGAGGAUUUGGAACUAGCAGUAUCAUAUUUUUCAGUCCGGUUUUCUUCAGUUUAGCACACUUAAAUCAUUUUUUGGAGCUCUACUACCAGCAAAGAUACAGAUUUAUGAAGGCUUUCCUGAUUGUAGGCUUCCAGCUUGGUUAUACUGUGAUAUUUGGGUGGUAUGCGUCUUUUCUCUUCAUUCAAACAGGGAACUUAAUAUCUCCUAUUGUGGCCCAUGUUUUUUGUAAUGUGAUGGGUCUGCCAUUGUUGUCAUCUCCAAGGACAAAAGGGACAACAACUGUAGCUGCUGCAGCUGGUGUGGUCAGUUUCUUAUAUCUUCUAUUUCCAGCCACACGACCAGGACUGUACAAUGAUAUGAGAGAAGGCUGUAGCUGUUGGCACCGAUAUUGUAGUUGGAGUUGAUACUGAAGUUGGAUGGUAGCAACAGAAGAAAGUCACAACACGAUAGAGAAGCUCAAAAGCCCUCAUCGACUUGAAUCAGACAACAGGAAAGUUGUUUCCUUUUGGUUUUUACUUCUGUUAAUGAAAAUUUAGUGUUUUUUAGGUAUGCUUGUUUUACAUGUAUUCUACAUUGUUUUUCCUGAUAUUGAUUCCUGUCCAAUUCCUAUGCUACAUGGUAUGACUGGGUUAAUAAUGAUCUUCAUUCAAAAAAGCAUCUUAGGUUAAAUCCCCUUUCUUUAAGUACUUCCCCUGAAUGAAUCGUUGUUUGAACAAUCAUGUUAGUGGUAGUUAAUGGGAAUAACUGUAAGCAAGAUAAAGCAGUAAAUAAUUCAACUAAAAUUUUAAAUUGAACAACCAUCCUUUUGUUGCUAUGUCACUUCUAUUAAUGUCGAGUAUGCUCAUUUUUUGAAUUGUUUUUGUACAAUAUGUUAUUGUUACUUUGCAGAUUAUGCUAUUGUCUUAAUCUAGAUUGCUAUCAUAUGGUAACUACUACCUGAAGACAUAGACAAUCUAACAUUGCUCAAUAGAAAGUAGGAGACCAGGAAAAAAAAAUGGUAUUGUUAAAUAAGUUGAUUUUUCCUACAAAAGUGAUAGCCUUUUUUGGGUUGUGGGUCUUCGAUAAAACAAGAUAAGAAGAGGAAGAGAAGAAGAAGAAGAAGAAGAAGAAGAAGAAGAAGAAGCUGCUUGGUGGCCUUCUGGUGGUGGGGCGUGGGGUUUAUAUGGGAUGCAAGAUGGGCAUUGGUGGAACGUUCUUCUCUCUCUCUCUGGCGGAGAGGAGAUUGAGCAUGGGUCACGGUAUGGUGGGGGUGGCUCUCCGAAACGAAACGGCUAUGAGCGGGGUAACCUACCUUCCUUCAGGAUGGAGGUCCCUCUCCUGCUGUUAGGCUUCUUCUCUUGACUCAUUGAUGAAUAAAAGAGAAGGGUCGAGCAGCAUUAUAUAAGAGAGGAAGGGGCAUUCCCCUCAAGCUACGAAAAAUAUUUUAAUUUUGGAUUAAUUAAUUAUUUAGUUUUCUAGCUAACCCACACAAUUAAGGAAGCAAUUUUCAAUUCUUUACUAACUUUCGUUUAUUAUAUAACACAGACAAGGAAACAAAUCAAUUCAAAUAAAACAGAACUCUAAUUAUGGUAAUUUUUAAUCUGAGAAGGAGUAGAAAAUUCUUGAUCCUUACAAUGAGCUUGUCUUAUCCAGUGCAAUGGAUUUAGGAACCUGUUGGAAUAUGAACCCACAGGAUUAGUUUCUUAAGUGAUCCUACUUUUGAGAAUUUAGAUAAGUAAAAUUAGUGUAGUGCAUCAGAAGCAUAAUUUUUUUAUAGGGAUUUGUUAUAUCUAAUUAGAGAUAUAUUACUAGGAGAUAUUGGAGGAUGUAUUCAUAUUUUAAAAAAUAAAGUAUAUUAUCUAGAUAUCGGAGGAUAUAAUCAUAAAUAUUGACUGAUUAUGUUUGAGUAUUUUAUUCUUUUAUAAGAAAUCUAAAUAUAAAAAAUCCUCUUUGGUUAUCAAAUAAUUCUGAUGAUGUUAGCAGGAAGGAUGUUAUGCUCUAAAAUUCUGAUUCCCAUACAGAACUUGCAAAACAUUUUAUCUCGAUCUUUGCCUCUAAACAGAACUUGGAAUUACAAAGCUUAAGCUUAAGGUAUUUCUGAAUGACACCAAUUAACUUGAUUGUUCGUAUAGCCUUUGAGGUGACGUCUCAAUCGUUAGCAUAUUAUAUAUGCAGUUAAUAUUUAGAGGGUUGGAGCCUUUGACUCUUAGAGGCUUCUUUGUUUUGACGUGAUGAUUACACGGAGGCGUGGGACGUCUGAUGGGACUUUUGGACUGAGAGCUUGGUGGGUAUUUGGUCAACCUUUUUGUUGUUUUCUUCUUCCUUUGUCAUUUUCAUUGGACCUCACAUCGAAUCUACGUCACAUAUAUCAUCACUCUUUGACCCAUCACCCUCUCCUCUGCAUUUUGGAUCUACAUAGCUGAAUCCCUGUUAUUUCACAUGUUGGAUUGCAAUGCUGUGUUCUUGGAGUUACAAGUAUCCUUGCUUGGCUUGUACAUCCUUGGUCCCACACGAUUCAUAUGCAGCUUCUUUGCAGGCCAUUUCAAAUGCAGCUGAGUUCUUGUUCGACUGGGGAUGACUUUGUUCAGGUACGAUGGUAACUCUGGACAUCCUGAGUGCAUCAUUUUUAACGAGGGAAAUAUUUCUUGUUCGGACAAAGUUUUAGAAACAAUCACAUACAUGACUGCUUCAUUUCCUGCCGAUCUAGCUACAUAUGUAGGAUGCACACAAUCUAUCACCACGCCAAAACAUCCAAAAAAGAUUAAAAGUCCUGUAGAAGAGAUGUUUCUACUAAGUUGAGUGCUUGCUGGAGGUCAUGGUGGAUGAUGGGGGAGUAGCGUUGAGGUCUGGGAUUUUGGGACUGGGAUUGGAGGUGGCACUGGUGCUGGCCAGCGUCUGCUUCUGCUUCCGCUUCAGCUCAGACAGGAGAGCCUGGUUCUCCUGGUUGAGAAGCUGUGCUUUCUUCCUCAGCCUCUCGUUCUCCUUCAUGAUGUAGCAGUUCUGCAAGUACAGUUGGGUGUUGAGCCUCUCCAUGACUUGCCUGCAUAGAGUAUGUAUGUUAGUUUAUAGAACUCUGUCUAGGACAGUGCUCAAUUGAAAGUGAAAGAAGCAGCAAAGCAGAUCUAUAUUUGCAAUUGACCUGUUGCUUUUCCCGAAAAGAAGAAGCAAAGGUCGAGGUACUGCAACAGAAAAAUCUACAAGGAACAAAAGCCACACCAGAAAUCCAACUGCCAACAAAUCAAAACAUGCAUAUCUAAAGCAAAAGUUGAUCUCAACAGGUUAGAGCCAUGUCUGUGUGUGUGAUGGAGAGACUAACAUGAAGUCGUACAAUUAGACACGAAAAGAAGGGAAGGACAACAUCGGGUUAAUUGUGGAAGAAAAUGGUUGAAAGAGGUAAUCCCCAUCAGGAGGAGAGAAACUGGAGAAGGCAGAGUCAAAGCCAACAUACACUUCUAUCAGAAGACUCGACUCUUCGAAGAUUCUAUCCCAACAGAAGAAGAGCUGUAAAACAAGGAAUUGCAUGAGUUCCUACAAAAGUG